GCAAGCAUUGUAGCGCGCGAUCUCUCUGGCGGGGGUUCCUGCCACCAUCACCACCACCAACACCACCGCUGCCGCGGUAGAGGUAGUGUUGUUUUUUUGCGUGGCGAUAAGCUCGUGUGUUUGCGUGCUCGUGAGCAAGUGCCGAGCUCACUACCGUACCUCAGGCUCACGGGCUUCUCUUGCUCGCUGCGUGAUUCUCCUCGCGCGGCGGUCUCUUUACUGAUGGAUCGGAGGCGGCAAUGGAGCGCCGUCUGCGCGGUGCUGCUCUUGUCGGCGCUCCUGGCGGUCGCCUCGUCCCAGUCACCGCCGAAAGCGCGGGCAGCAAAGCCGGCGGCGCCUCGUCCUCCCGCGCGGCCUGCUCGAAGGCCGUCUAUUAAACCGCCGGCGCCGAAGCCGCCGGUGCAUAAGCCGCCGUCUCCUGCGACAAGGCAGACACCUAGACCUUCGGCGCCGCCGGCCCCAAUGCCGCCAUCUCGACCCGCGGCCUCGCCGGCGUCAAAGCCGCCACCUGCAGCGCCAGCGCCGACUCAAAAGCCUUCUCCCGCACCCGCUCCGAAACCGUCUCCUCCUACUCCGUCUCCACCACCACCAGCACAAAAACCUGCUCCUCCGACCCCACCGCCGGCUUCGGCGCACAACUCUUCCCCGAAGUCGUCUUCGUUGGGCCUCUCGCCGAGCUUCUACGCGCUCUCCUGCCCGGGCGUGGAGCUGGCGGUGAGCAACGCUGUCAGGUCGGCAUCCACCUUGGACCCUACCAUCCCCGGCAAGCUCCUCAGGAUGGUCUUCCACGACUGCUUCGUAGAGGGAUGUGACGCAUCGGUGCUGAUACAAGGUGACGGCUCAGAGAUGACUGAUCCUGCGAACCUCUCGCUCGGCGGGUUCAAUGUGAUCGAUGAAGCCAAGAGGCUGCUCGAAGCCGUGUGCCCUGCAACCGUUUCUUGCAGUGACAUUAUAGUCCUUGCUGCAAGAGAUGCUGUCACAUUGACCGGAGGACCGUCGGUGCCCGUCUCCCUUGGGCGACGUGACAGCGUCGUCUCCCUGGCGUCCAACGUCAGAAGAGACAUCAUCGAUACGGGCUUCUCCGUCGACGCCAUGGCGGCCAGCUUCGCUUCCAAGGGGCUCAGCCUGGACGACCUUGUGACCCUAUCAGGUGGGCACACCAUCGGGUUGGCGCACUGCGGCACGUUCUGGGAGCGGUUCCACCCGGACGCGAACGGGAGCAUGGUGCCCGUGGACGGCACGAUGAACACCGACUACGCAACCACGCUGGCGCGGACGUGCGUGGCGUCGGGGAGCGCGACGGUGGACUGCGACGAGGGGUCGGCGGCGACGUUCGACAACCGGUACUUCAGCAACCUGCUAGACGGGCGGGGGCUGCUGCGCACGGACGCGUUGCUGGUGCAGAACCCCACAACGCGCGCGACGGUGGCGGCGUUCGCGCAGAGCCAGGAGAGCUUCUUUCGCAGCUGGGUUGGUUCGUUCGCCAGGCUCACCAGCCUUGGCGUCAAGACCGGCUCCGACGGCGAGAUCCGGCGGCUCUGCUCCAGCAUCAACGGCUGAUCGAUCGAUCGAUCGAGUAGUGCGUGGUCAGCCAUGGCCAACGCAUACAUAGAGGGAUCUCGGAUGUAUUAGCGAGCUGAUAAUGGGAUUUUUAUUCGUUUGUUCUUUGCUGUAGCUGAUGAUCAAGUGCUCUGCUGUUUAGGUUGCACAGCAUGCGUUUUAUCUGGAACUGAAAUACCAAAUCAAGCUCGCACAAUGAGAUGAUAAUACUGCG